AAGAACAUAAGAGAAUCCCACUUGUAAAGUUAGGGUUUAAUUAGGUCAAACAUGAACAGAAUGAGAGGAUUGGUUUUGUCAUUUGCUAUGGUUCUAUUGUGUUUAACACCUAAAAAAAGUUGCAGUCAGCCCCAAGAAGCAGCACAAGUGCCUUGUUUCUUCAUAUUUGGUGACUCUUUGGUUGAUAAUGGCAACAAUAACAGAAUGCUUACACUUGCUAGAGCCAAUUACAGGCCUUAUGGCAUUGAUUUUCCAACGGGUACUACCGGCCGAUUUACCAAUGGUCGCACAUAUGUUGAUGCAUUAGCUCAACUUCUAGGAUUUCGAAAUUACAUUCCACCCUAUGAAAGAACUCGAGGCCCUGCAAUUCUAAGAGGAGUGAAUUUUGCAUCUGGAGCAGCUGGCAUUAGAGAUGAAACAGGAAACAAUCUGGGAGGUCACAGUUCAAUGAACCAGCAAGUAUCCAACUUUGGUACGACAGUGCAAGCAAUGAGGAGAUUCUUUAGAGGAGAUGGAAAUGCACUAAACACCUAUCUUACCAAAUGCAUCUUUUAUUCUGGAAUGGGAAGUAAUGAUUACCUUAAUAACUAUUUUAUGCCCAAUUUCUACACAACAAGUUCAGAUUACACUCCUAAAGCUUUUGCUGCGGUUCUUCUUCAGGAUUACACUCGUCAGCUAACGCAAUUGUAUGCAUUGGGGGCUAGAAAGGUGAUAGUAACAGGAGUAGGGCAAAUCGGAUGCAUUCCAUAUCAGUUGGCAAGAUACAAUAGUAAUAGCAGCCGUUGCAAUGAGAAAAUAAACGCUGUCAUUUCUCUUUUCAACUCUGGACUUCUGAAGCUGGUUCAACGUUUCAAUAAUGGCCAACUUCCUGGAGCUAAAUUUGUUUACCUCGAUUCUUAUAAAAGCUCCAAUGAUUUGUAUUUCAAUGCUUCUUCUUACGGGUUUGAAGUGAUAGAUAAGGGAUGUUGUGGAGUAGGAAGAAACAAUGGACAGAUAACUUGUCUACCUCUUCAGCAACCUUGUGAAGACCGUAGAAAAUACUUAUUUUGGGAUGCCUUUCAUCCAACAGAGUUAGCUAAUAUUUUACUGGCCAAAUCAACAUUUACUACACAGUCCUACACUUAUCCUAUAAGUAUACAGCAAUUGGCCAUGUUAUGAGCUUUACAAUAUGUAUGCCUUUCAUUAAUUAAUUAUCAUAUAUGUUUACCU